GAGGAGGCAGGUACUUCAAACCGUCCGAGUAUUCCAGACAAUCUUAUGGAAUUGCAUCAUGAGAGCAGAGCAGAAUUUUUUGAAACUGUUCAGUUGCAUUGCAAGGCUGUCAUGGAGAGAGUGCGAGCUGUGAAAGAAUCUUUGAAUCUUUCUGACCCGAGCAAACAAUCACAACGAUCAAGCGAUAAAGAAAAACUCAGUGACUUUUCUCCAGAACGGACUGAAGGCAAAAAAGAGCAGUCUUUUGGAUUGAACGCGCAGGAUCAGGGUCAAAAAAUUAAAGAGAACGUUGAACGCAUCAUAGAGCUUGUACGAUCUGGGAAGAAAGUAGGUUGAGUUUAAAUACUUGGAGGUUUUGCCUGCUUGUUUUAAAAUGUUAUUUAUUUAGUCAAAUGCCAGUUGCAGGAACCGCCCAGAGGGAGGGGCUCUAGCCCCCCCCCUACGUUUUUGCAAAAGUAAAAAUAAAUUAAACAAAAAAUAAUUUGACAAAAAUAACGGAGCCAAAAAUAGCCCCCCCCCCUCCCUCCACUCAAAAACUUGCUGCGCGGUCCCUGAGUUGUAACUAUCAUAGCUAUCAUCAGCAUCAUUCAUUAACAGAUCGACAACAUAACUUAUGAAAAUAGUAUCAAGCGCAGAGAACCACAAAGGAUUAUCUGCAACUGAUUCAGAUCGGCGAAGAUGGAGAGGCCGAGAGCAGCCAGGGGAGAGCAAAGUCGCCGCUUGAAAAAAUGAUUGGAAAAUUCUCCACAAAACCAUUUGACUGAGAGACCAGUCAGUCGAGCAGAAAUAGAUAACAGUUGAUCACAACUCAAACCUCAGAACAAAUUAUUUGAUCGCCGAGAUUCAAGUGUUAGAAUUUAAGAGUAAGGGAAUUUAUCCAAAGCGGCCAUAUUAACUUGCAGUGUUUAAAAGCUUGAUGUUAUUAUAAUCGACCUGAACUUCAGCGCAAAUUUUUUUUGGUAAUUUCAUUUUGUUUUGUUCUCCACUUAAGAUGCAGUUUUCAAACACGAGACUUAGUGCUUCCGAGAAACUUUCCUUUCCAGUAGCCACAACUGAUGCAGGACAAGAACAUCGUCAGCAAACGUCACCUGCUGUGGAAGAGAAAACAGUACAAAGCGAAAAGACAACUGAAAAUUCUGUUCCAAUGGAUUCUUCUCUAAACUCAGUCGAAGAAACCAAACUUUCUAGCGCGUACUCGGUCUUGGACGGGAAAGCUUUGAUGGAACUAUCAAAUAAAGAUACAUGUUUAAAAGUCUCCAGUUUAAAAGAGUGCGGGGAUGGAAUAACGCACUCUGCUUGUCCCUACAGGAGAGAAUCCCGUGAACAUGACCAAAGUCACUCUGCCUUGUCUUCAGGAGACUGCAAAGGACUUUUCGAAGAGAUUUCAAGCGAGGAGCAGACGGCUUUAACUGUAAACGAGAUCGAAAAAGACAUUAGUGCCCUAAUGAACGAGGAGAAUCAGCUAACUGGAAGGAAUUCAACCUUUGACACGCAUGUAGAUACAUCUUUUGAAUAUCUAAACAAUCAUUCAUCUUUUUCAAUCCAGGCUCAUCUAAAAAAGGCUAACGAUAGCAGUGUUUUGUCUGGCUCUCAGAAAAUGAUGCCAUGGUCAAGAAGAGUAGAAGACCCUCUCUGGCAAAUGGCUGUAAAAAUCGUCCGGGAUAUCUAUGUUCGUAUCGGUUGCCAUGAAAAUUAUCUCCGAUACGCGAGCUGGGUGGAUGAACCGAACGAUGACACGAUUAAACUUGAUACCACUGCAUUGCCCUGUAAUGAUGCAUUAUCAAACGAGAAGGUAAACUGACUCAAGAUCCCUUUUCUUGUGGGAUGCCUGCGAGGCAUACGUCGUUGAAAUUCUGGCUGUUUUUUUUCCUGGUAGACACCAAUGGCGAAGAGGACCAAUGGGUUUCUAAGAGCACCGUUGUUUACUUCCGAUCUCACAAAUCAAUGAAAACGAUUUGAAAGAGCAUUAAUUUUAUAGGAUGACACCGUUUUUUUUUCCCUUGAGAAAAUCCUUGUUUGAGUGCGCUUUAAAAUACCAAAAGAUAAUUAAUUCUUUAGCAACACUCCUGUGGUCUUUUGAAGACAUAACUCGUCUAUUUGUCUUUUUAUAAAAUUAAUAAUGGUAACAGAAAUGAGUGGAGUCCAAUUCGGUCUGUAAUCAUACGAGUGAUUAACAAAAUCGUACGUCCGCGAAUUGGACGAUACGAAGUCCUGUUACAAAUUAAUCACAACUAUGACAGAAUUUGUGAGAGAAUACCAACUUUUCUCUUCACAGAUCACAAUCCCAGAAGGAAAUGAUAACAAUUCGGAGAAUGUUGACAAAUUAUGUGCUAACGGAAUGGCUUCCACAGCUCUCGAGUCAACUCAUUCAAAUACAGAAGAGCCUAGCAUCGAAACUUCCUCUUUCCAGACUGACCAAUUGGAAGUGGCGCCUGUAAAUGCAUCAUAUGAUGUACAGAGGACUCCAAAGAUGCCAGUCAAAAGAGCGUCCCUGAGGCGUGGUCAGAAAAAAUGGUCUGCUUUAAAGAAGAGAAGGAAAUCAUUGGCAUUUGGGAGGAAGGAGAAUGAAACUAACGGAUCGAGGAAACCGCUGACCUUGGGGAAAUCGACAGCUGAAGUUGCAAGCCUUAACUUCAAUCAAGGUAACUAAUGUCGGGAUAUCUUUUGGUAAGAACCUUAAAAUUGUUGAAUGUGAUUUAAUUGCAAUCAAAGCUGUUGUUCGAAAAUAUAAGUCUGGCAUAUACUAGUCUGGUAUCUAGUUGGUUUUUUUUCACCGCAGUCUAUGACUGCAUCGGAAAACUUGCGUCGUCCUCUCAGUCUAUAAUAUUCAGCGCUGAAACCUUCGUGACUGGGUUAUCCAAGUUUUCCUGCGCCGCAAAGGGGUUGUUAACAUACAAGUAUAAUGUUGGUUUAAGUGUCAAUGGCGUCAAGCUCUCUGCAAUAUUGCUCUUUUUUGCUUGAUUGGCGAUACGCACCAAGCUUGGCAGCUUUUUUAAUGGUGACGCGUCUGACAGAAACGCGUAAGCCCAAAAGUUGCGAUAGACUUCCACAGGGACACGUAGGAAAAAUUCCAACAGGAAGAAUACUGGAGCGUUAAGUUUAUCAACUAUCUAUCUUACUUGAAAACCGAGAAAUCUUCUGAAGAAGUUAAACUUUAUUAUCAACUGUUAAUUCCUUUACUUUUUCGUGUAAAAAAACUGCUGUAUUCACUUUUAGAGGGAUCUACAAUCGAAAACAGAGAAAAUCCACUUCAGAAGGAACGAAGGCAGAUAGGAGACGAAGACAGGCUGUCAUCUCUAAAAGGAUUUAUUUCCCUCAAAGGUAACAAUCAAUUGUGCAAACUUACGCUUUACUGAGGUCCUUUCUUUCAGAGGUCUCUACAUCCGGGUAAUGAAAUUUUUGAUGUGCAAGCUUAAAGAGCUUGUUUCCUACCAGGCUUUGGACAGCUCCAUCCCUCACCAUCCCCCUCCCAAACUUUUUGUUUCAGGUUUAGAGAGGAUCGAAAUCCGAAAUCUACGCGGUGUUUACCUCUAUAUAUCAAGUCUUAUACUUUCAAAAUUUCUUUUAUCAGACGCAAGAACUAAAGAUGGAGAAGAUAUAAUCGUUGUGAAUCCCUCGAAGAUUCCCAGUAAAAGAGAUUUCACAGGGAGGAAGGAAUACAAUGAAAUAAUGGCCCGUCUGUUAUUGUAAGUGUUUUAAUUUUUCAAUUUCCUCAUUAAUUCAAUGGCGACUUACAGAAUGGAUUUCAGAAGCAUUCCCAGCUGAUGACUCAAGGGUAGGCAGAUCUAUUUUUGCGUGCGAAUGACAGCCAAUAAGAGAACACAGAGUUCUGUACAACUACAUCAUCAGAUGAUUUGGUUCAGUCUAUCAACUGAGCUGAUAAUGUGAAUUGGCCACCGUAGAGAGUUUGUAAGCUGAGCUUCGUUUAGAGUCUGUCGCUCUUAUAAUACCCCUAACCGACGGUGCACCACAAUUUCUUUCGAUUUUUCCACCCUUACCCCCCCAACCCCGGCUUAAUUCAGCUACGUCAUCGCUCUAUUAGCUGCAUAUCUUCUCUUGUAUCGUCUUUCUUUGAGGUUUAGGGUAAAGGUACGAUAUACUGAUUAUCACAUAAAGAAAGCGAUAACAUUUACUUUGGUGUGGAGCUGCAAGCUCACGAAUUUUGAAGCGAUUUUCAACUGACUGCCUAGAGUUAUCCGGGCCCGAUCGGUUUAACCUCUUUUCGCUCAAUAUUUGGUUCAGAAAACUCGCGCUACUUUCUAAAACAAUCAGAUGCCAAAUUAAGACCAAUCCCGCGACUCGGUCACUCUAUUUGACAGUGAUUCAGGCAGUUCGCUUGUUUUCCCCUUGAGUUCUUACUUGUGGCUUUUACUGUUUUCAUUUAUUACGACUGGCCAUUGUGGUUUCUUCAGUUUUGGUAUUAAAAACUUAAUAAAAAGGCUACUAUUAAAUUAUAACGAGAUAUCAAUCUCAUGUUUAAAAGUUGUUUUUUUAAAUCAGUUUAAUUUUUUUUUUCUGCUAAGAAUAUUUUUUUACCAGCUCCCCUCGUGCUAAAUCCUUUCCAAUGGCCAAGUUUUCCUGUUUUCAGGUUCGUUCAAUGAAAGGAAUUUAACAAAACAUGAAGAGGAAUGGGGUGAAAAGCUCCCUCGUGCUAAAAGUUUCAGGUUGGUCGCGAAAAGUGGUCAGUUCAUGCUGUUACACAGAGAAGAAGCAAACUGCGUUCCCGAAAAUGGGCGACGGAAUUUUACAAGCUAUUGAUGAAUCGGUGAGAUGUAUGAGUAGAGAAAAUCAUUUGUGUAUCGUUUAACUAAGACAAAAAUAAUCAUACAAACAGCCACAUUCAAAUAAUCGUUGUGCUUUCCACCCUUGGGCACGUUAUACCAUCGUUUCUUCUCUUUGUCUCACGCAAAAAAUUCAAGUUGAGUCCGGUGGGAGAAGUGGCAGAGGUCUUACUUUGCGUCAAUACAAUCUCGUUUCCAGGUUUCCCUCUUGCCGAAUCUAGUGAAUCGCGCACUUUCCGACCACUGGUCGAAUGAACGAGGACUCUAGGGACGAGAUCGGUUCAAGGUUGUCUAAGAUCACGGGUUAUAACAUGAUUUAAUAAAUUUAAUGAGCUAAUAAGACCGUGAGUUAAGACAGAACAUAUCGUUUUUUGGUCAUGUUGAAUUAAUCACAGCGAUUCCGUAAAUAUUUCUUUAACUUUGAUUGUCUGCGGAUUGAGAAAGUCUUGACUGUCUCUUCAAACAUGUCAAAAAGUCUACAUGUCGAGCUUCGUAGUCAGUGUUAUCUUUAUGUUCAGCCUUGCUCCCUGUGUUAUGUUUUGCAGAUAUCAAAACAGACUCGCUCGAUGUGUUUUCUUCAAACCAUCUUUUAAACUGAGGGCUUUGGUAAUACUUUCAAAGCCAUUUUUCUCGUAAGUAUUCUCUCUCACAGAGGUACUUACAGAAAAGAGUAUUCACAACUUGAUACGCUCGAUGUGUUUCAUUCACGGCUUCCUGAAUCCAAAUUUAAUAUACAAACUUAUACCUUCUAGUGACCAUUUGUAUUUCAGCCCACUGACUGACCGACCUAGCAAAGAACGUCCGUCAGACGGGCUGACCACUGGUAAACAGGUUGAAGAACGUCUGACCCACCGACUACAGUAUUUGAUGGACCGACCAACUGAAACACGUUGGCUAACAAACUCACUGACUAAAUAUCACCCGUAAAAAUCUUGCUGAAAACUUUCUGGUUUUGUAUUUGACUGACUGACUGACCACCUGACACUUUUGAGUAACAAAAAAAUUAACCGUAUCCCCUCGCAUAAAAGAAUAUCACAAUGAAAAAAUUUCGAAAGAUGAGUGGUUUCGCUGUUUAUGUCACAGAAACAACAUGAGGGAAAAAAUUGUUAUUGUGAAGAGCAGGCGAAAAUUUUCUAAGGCUCAAGGUAAG